GGUAAUCUCAAUAGCCACAAGGCUCCCCUCGUGAAAAGUGAGGAGGAUCCCACAAUUCUUGGCCAUGAUGGACCUGCAUCAAUAAAUAGCCCUGGCAUUAAAAGGAGCACCUCAUCCAAUGGGCCUGGCUUUCAUAACUCCAAUGUGGAUAAAAACUUACCACCCAAAGCACCCUCUUCUAAGCCAUCACCUAGAGUAGGCUCUCCCCAGCAUCAUGUAUCCCCGCCAAGCCAGCGAGGGGAUAGAGGUGGUUUGGGUAGGCCUCCUCAUCCACCUCACUCCCCAUCACCAGCCAGGGGAGGAUCAAAGGGGAAUUCAGUUCCUCUAUCUACAUCUCCUAUUAAAGACAGGGCUAGGAACUUUUACCCAAGUCGCUCGAGAGAG